AUGGCUUUGCUCGGGUGCUUGUUCCUCGUAUCCCUCCUCUCAGUCGCUUCCGGGGUCCGCGCCGAGGACGCGAGGAUAGCACCGGCCUCCGAAGUGACCGAAUCGGAGUUGAACUCACUCAUGCACCUCCAACUCACCGCUCCAGAGACAGAGGCCUUGCGAAUCACUUAUAGCGUUUACCCGUUAACAGAAUCCGCAGGGCUGAACCGGAGCGACAGAAGUGUGAGCCUCGCCUUCUCUUCUUCUGGUCACAAUGGGAAAUUGUCAUCGCUAAUACGCCGGCAGUCUAUCUGGAUCCGCGGGAGCUUGGUCCCCGCCGAAGUCUUGGGUGAUACCGACUUGAUGAAGGAGGAAACGAUUGUGUUUUUCAACUGUGAUGACGAGAACGCGACCGAAAUGGUUAACCAAGUCAUGGGUGACCAACCCCUAGCGAUUUUGCUCUAUAGCGAGGGCGGAGCAUCGUGCAGCCUCGAGGGCGAUGAUCUAAUCUACAACUCCAUUUACACCAUGGGCGACCCAAUCGAGGCACGGGAUACCAUGAACAACACCAUCCAAGCCGGCGGGGCUUUGCGUGCGACGAUCACGGGUGGCGAGAACAUGACCACAACGGAGCCUGAAACCCCGGGGGAGAGGGGGAACAACUCGGCGGUCGCCAUGAGCAUCCUCUACAGCAUCACGGGUCUUAUCACGUUGCUCUUUUUGGUCAUCAUCGGGACAGGGGCGAUUCGAGCGCACCGUUACCCCGAGCGGUAUGGCCCCCUGUCGGGCUUUGGUGGGCGGCCUUCGCAGAGUAGGGCAAAGGGGCUCGCUCGGGCCGUGCUAGAGACACUACCGAUCGUGAAAUUCGGUGACCCUGGCCCGCCAAAACCCGAUCCGUCUCUCGAACUCGAGUCUCAGCCGUCAGCAACCGCUCCGGAUCCGGCCAUGGGAACAAGGUUAUCGGCAAUUCCGGAGGAGCCGCGGACGCCGCAGGCCCGGCGAAGCGCCGCGCCGAUGUCGGGCGCAAUACCCCAGCCCAAGAUAGAGGCGAACGAUCCCACAACGGGCGAGGCGGAGAAAGAUGGCAGCAAACCCGCUGAAAAUGCGAUGGAGGACCGCCCCGGUUGCUCCAUCUGCACCGAAGACUUCACCGUCGGCGAGGACGUCCGGGUUCUGCCAUGCGACCACAAGUUCCACCCACCCUGCAUCGACCCCUGGCUGGUCAACAUCUCGGGAACCUGCCCCCUAUGCCGCCUCGACCUACACCCACAAAGCCGCCGGGCCCAUAACCCCAAUCACAGCAGCUCCUCAGCCCCCCCCUCGCCCACCACAGCAACCGCAAACCGCGACGAGCACGAUACCGCCAGCGCCACCACCACUACCACGGGACAACGCAGGCGUUCCCUGCGCUUCCUCGACGUCCACCGCCUACGCCACGCCUCCAUCGAAGAACGCAUCGACAUCCUACGGCGGCACCGGUCGCAACAGCAGCAGCAGCAGCAGCGCGGGUCGACAGGCACCAGCGCCACCGCCACCGCCACAACGCCAACGGCCAGAGAGGCUGUAACGACGGGAGAGGGUGCGGCAUCGGGAACGGGAACGGAAACGGCGACGAGCGAAAGAGCGGGAUCCCAAACGAACUAA